AUGAACGUGGCUGAUGCAUUAUCUCGUUUAGUGGAUGGCCUACCAGAGAUGCCUUUUGAUGAUUCGUAUGAUAAGCAUCUUUUGCAUUAUUUGGACAGUGGAAAGCUGGAAAUAACCUGGGAUGAGAUAGCGUCGGAAGCUGAAGCAGAUGAGGAACUACUAGCAGUGAAGAAUGCAAUUAUAUCAGGGCACUGGCCAGAACGAUUGCGUCGAUACGAAGCCGAGAAACAUCAAUUACGUUGGCUCGGUUCCAUGGUCUUCAAAAGCGAAAAUAUAGUUCUACCACUUUCUCUCAGAGAGAGAGCUUUCCAAUCUGCUCAUCAAGGACAUGUCGGUAUAGCGUCGGUAAAGAAAAUUCUUCGAGAGUACUUCUGGUGGCCCAAUAUGAGCACUUCGGCAGAAGAAUUCGUCAGAAAUUGUGAGACGUGUCUACUUCUUUCGCGCAAAAACCCUCCUCUACCCCUUACUAGUAGAAGGCUACCUAAUGGUCCUUGGGAAGUCUUACAAGUGGAUUUUUUCACUGACCGGGACUUUGGAAAAGGAGAAUUUCUCGUGCUUGUGGACACGUAUUCACGUUACCUGUACGUCGUAGAAAUGGGCAAAACGGAUGCAGAUAGCACUAAUGCAGUUCUUAUGAAAAUUUUCGCAGAAUGGGGUCUCCCUCUUGUAAUACAGAGUGAUAAUGGACCUCCAUUCCAGAGCGAUAACUUUGUUUCAACAUGGGAAGGAAAAGGUGUUAAAGUUUGGAAGUCUAUUCCAUUGAGCGCUCAGUCUAACGGCGCAGUUGAGCGCCAGAACAGUGGAAUUAAAAAUGCUCUUGCUGCUGCUAGACUCGACGGACAGGAUUGGAAGACUGCUUUACAAAAAUAUGUGCAUGUGCAUAACAAAAUAAGACCCCUUUCACGUUUUGGCGUUACUCCUUUUGAGUUGUUAGUCGGCUGGAAGUUUAGAGGAACUUUCCCUUGCUUAUGGGAGCGAAAAUCAGAUACUUCAUUAGAUCGCCAAGCAGUAACAGAACAAGACAACUAUUCAAAACUUCAAAGCAAGAAGUAUGCUGAUCACCGACGAGGGGCCAAAUAUUCUGACAUCAACCCUGGAGAUACUGUAGUUAUCACUCAACAAAAGAAAAGGAAAUCAGACCCUGUGUUUGGAACAGAGCGAUACACUGUUGUAACAAGGGAAAAUGCGAAAUUAGUAGUCAAAAGUAGUAGAGGUGUACAGCUUACUAGACAUGUGGAUGAAGUGAAACGUGUUCCUGAAAAAAAACAGGAAGAGGACAUUGCUAAUAAUACAGGCGGUACGAAUAAUAACAACGAAGAUUUGGACAGAUACCAGCAAUGUCAAAGACCGAAACGAAUGCCGAAGCAGCCAGAAAAGUUGAAAGACAUGAUCCUUUAUUGCAUUUUUAGUUAA